AUGGCCCAGGGCACCAUAAAACCCAAGAAGCCCUCCUCCUCCUCCUCCUCCUCCUCCGCCGCCGGCGCCGGGCGCAAGACCAAACCGCCGGCGCCGAAGAAGAAGGGCGCGCGCGUGGCGAAGCCGAAGAGGGCGGCCAAGGCGGACCAGCUGCAGCAGCGCUACGCGGCGGGGCUCGCGGCCAAGACGGAGCGCCUGCUCGGCGAGCGCGCCGGGCACCUCGAGCUGAUCGGCAAGGGCGGGGCCAAGGGCGCCCCCGGCGCGAAGGCGGGCGGUGGUAAGAAGGAGAAGGGGAAGGAGGGGAAGGGCGGGAGCAGGAAGUUUGGCUGA